CAAUAGCACAUUUUGCGCAAAUAUAACUAACCAACCAACAAAGGGGUAAUUAUUUGUAGGCGAGGAUGGCCAGCUUAGGCCUAUGUGCUGGGCACGGCACCGCAUACGCCCUGCAAUUGCGAGAUACUAACCGCGAUAUAAAGUGCCUACGCUCAACAACUUCUUGCAUUCGCCGCUGCCUAGGAAGUCUUGGUGUUGCACGAAGCUCUGGCUCUUGCCCACCUCGGCGGCUUCAGUUGAAGUGUGCAGCCUCUUCGGGUAGAGGACAAGUGCAGCCAUAUGGCAAAGGUCCUGGGCCGUUAGUUGGCAGCAGCAAUGGUGGCAAUGGCGUGUACCUGCUGAUGCUGCUAUGCUGUGCGGCCUUCCUGGCAGACAACUUGUUGCACCUGCCAGGGACCGCGGCCAUGCAUCUUAACCAUGCGCGCCCCCAGUGGUGGCAGUUCCUGAGCCACCUCUUCUGCCACGCCGACUGGUCGCAUCUGAGCGGCAACCUCUUCAAUCUCUGCGUGUUCGGCAAGAUGGUGGAGGAGACGGAGGGAGCGGUGGGGGUGGUCGCAGCGUUCCUGGUGUGCGGCGUGGGCGCCGCCCUGGCCACCUUCCUGCUCACCCCCGCCACCGUCAACGGGCAGGUCACCGUGUCAGUGGGUGCCUCGGGCGCCAUCUUCGGCCUGUUUGCGGUGAGUGUGGCAACUCGGCUGAGAUGGAAUCUGAAGCAGCUGCUGGAGGCUGCCGUACUGGGGCAGUUUGUUGUACGACAGGUGCUGGCGGAGGCGGGGCACCAGGUGGCUGGCGGCCUCAGGCUGGGCGGGCUGGCGGUGUCGCACGCCGCACACCUGGCGGGAGCGGCGGUGGGGGUGGCGCUGGUGCUGCUACUGCGCAGCCUGCCGGAGCCGCAGAGCGGCGCCGGGGGACAGCAGCAGUGAGCACCCGCAGCAGCACGACUGUGGCUGUAGGAGUUCGGCAAUGAGUCAUGGCUUCGUUAAACUUCGUAGAUUUGUACGCUAUAUAGAUAAUAGAUAGUGAACAGCCCCUGCAACUUCAGAGAGCUUAGCUAAUGCCAUUGGGAACAAAACCAUUGGGAAACACUUUCCUGUUUCUGCAGUCCUUUGCAAAGCCAGCCGAGAACGUGUGGUGCAGAGACAACUUGCCAAAUCACAGAUGAGCGCGCCCCUGUAAGGCCGUGAUGGGCUGUGACGUCAGCGACUAUGGG